AUGACCAGCUUUACAACAGACUGUCCAUCUUGCGAAAAAAAAUUUAAAACUUUGUAUUCGCUUAAAAAACAUGUUCGCCAACGCCAUGAGGGCAUUGAUGAAGAUUCUCUGAUACCAUGCUUCAAAGAUCAGGACGGCAAGGAAUUACAACCCGCACACGCCAGUUCUUUAAGGACCGACAAAGCCGGCUAUUUAACGUGGUUGGCCGGCAUAACUGAACGGGUCAACAGCACAUUUCAUCCUCGAUUGCCAGGUAAAGAUUUCAUUCCAGUUUACAUUUUCCCUAUUCUGCCCGCCAUAAUAAAGCACACUUGGUUUAAUGUAACAAACCCAGCUUCCACGUGAAUUACACGUCGUAUAAGUAGGGUUCUCAGUUGCUCAUAGGAAAUCACAGCUUAAGCCAAAGUCUUAGUGUUUGAUUUAACCGGUAUUAUUAUUAUAUUAUUAUCUAUGUUUGGAUUGGCACCAUAGAACGAUUACAUUCAUAUCUACAGUUAAGCGUACCUAUGAUACGUACAUUGUUACACUAAUUCACCUUUAGACAUGGUAUAUUAAUAUACGCCCCCUUUGAACAUUUCAUUUUGUUAUGACUAACCACAAUUCUCCUACUGACAUUUACGGCAGAAAACCCACAUUUAAGUGAAAGCGUUAGGCCAAAACGUAAGAAAAACGAGUAAUACUAAUUUAAUUUACGCACUGAAAUUACCUGUGUGCUGAAGGUUUUUAUCAUUUUUACUAACAGACAUCUGAACAACAACACGAGAUUUUCUUGAAUCAUGGAAUCAGUUAUUUCUUUCAUACCUGAUAUUUUAGUUAGAACGGAUCUCUGAAGCUAGGGCACGUUAAUCCAUUUUCAAAAUCAUUCAGUGCUGUUGGAUAUAAGGGUUCGUAACAUAUAUCUAUAUAUAUAUACAUUUUUUCCAAUAACAACAUCAAUUCCAACAAACAACAGGUCAUAAAUCACGAAAUCUUGUCGUGUGAAAAACUUUCCAGUGAUAAAUCCCUAGUCACAUUUAACUACAAAGGCAUCUUCACAUAUAAAUUUAACUACACGCUUCACAGAAGCUGACAGACCAUAUACUUUUAUUGUAGGGGGAUGGGUAAAAAUAGAUUCCCAUCAGGUGCCAAAACAGUACUUUGACUACUUCAUCACGAAACUUGGAGUCCAGGUUAACGCUGUCAGAAAAGUGUGCCACAGAGGUCAACCAUGUUACCAGAGUGCCACUCUAAAAGUAUCCUACAAACUGUUUCGCUUGGAGCAACUAGUAGGUGCCUUGGAGGAGCAACCACUUGUGAACCUGCAGCGACAACUCCUUUUCGAGGGAAACGAAAUCUGCAGUAAUCAAGGGGAUCUUUCUGCAGAGGACGAAAUUGCUCGCGCAAAGGCAAGGGUCCAUACACCUGCAGGAAAGAAAAAAAGAAGACCGUCUUCUAAGUCCUUAUUGCAAGUCGGGCUUGGUGAGGGACGUGCCACUAGAGAGGUAGAAAUUAUAUGGUGGCCAAAUGUAUAUACUGUGACAGAGCACGGCCAAAUGAUUAUCCGAAUGUAUAUACAGAAAUGUGAUUUUUAA